UCAGUCUUGAAGAGGGCGCGGUGACACUCGAAAAGUGCGCGUUUGAAUUCGCCGAAACGGCAUUAAAACAAUAACAUAACCCGAGCUCUAAAUUAAGUAUUACCAAAGUUCGGUUAUCUAGAAUAAAAAAUAAUAAUUUUCUACAGGUUAUUCACUUAAAUUAAUUUAUUAUUUAUUGUUCGAAAUAAAUCGAGGAGUAUUCCUUACAAACUCCAUCUUAGCUGACACCUGACAUCUUGAAAAGGGCGCGCUUUGCACCGCGAUUGAUUGAAAAAGCGCGCGAUGCCAAACUCGAGAAAAUUGUGGGAGUGCGUGAAGAGUGAAGAUUGUUUCUGUGAUCGGCUCGUGUUAUUUCCUUAUUUUAUAAUUAUUUAUCAAUUAUUCUUGUUCCUAAAGUAUGCGUCGGUACUAAGUAGCUACUAAGAAACGUUUGCUCUCAUAAAUAUCCAAGAUUCGUCACGUAUUUUUGUUGGAAAUCAAGCUUUUGUACUAUACAUAAACGUUUACAAUGUCUGUGGUGGCUAGAGAAGAAACAAAGCCUUAUUCAAAUCUAGACGAUGAAGAGGAUGCACUACUAAAUGAGGCGAUUAGUUGUAGUAGAAAUCUAGAAAUAAAAACUGAUGAUGAUGAGGAUGAGGUCGAAGACUCAAAAGAACAAUUAAGCAUAAAAGAUCCAAAGACGGUGAGCAUUCCAUGGUGCGACAUGGAAUCAUCAGAUACCAGUAAUUCUGAUUUAUCAAACGGAAGACUCAAUUUGUCCACAACAGGUGGAAAAUUGGAUCUGUCAGCAAAUGCGAAAAUUGAGAAUGAUAGAUCACUGCUUGACCACAACUCUUCAAAACUAGAAGAGGGAGAAAUAAAGGAGGAGAGUUUUGUAGAAAAGAAGAUAAAAGACAAAAUGGAUGCUGAAAAUGAUAGUGGAAACACUUCUCCAGUAAGAAAGAGACAGAGAGAAGGAGAGGAUGAAGAAGAGCACCAAGUUACUAGAAAUAGGCGAAAUAGUAAUUCGAGCUCUAGCACAAUGUCAACCAACAGCAAGAAGAAUACAGAGUAUGAGACUGAUCCUCUGGUGCUAGCUCGCAGGCAGAAAGAUAUUGAUUAUGGAAAAAAUACCAUAGGCUAUGACCGAUACACUCAGGAAGUUCCAAAGGAUAAACGCUCUAAGGAUCACCCACGAACACCCCCAAUGUAUUUGAAAUACAGCAGACGAGGUUGGGACGGCAUGGUUAAACUGUGGCGCAAACAGCUUCAUACCUGGGAUCCAAAAAAUGAUGAAGAGGAAAAUAAAGAUGACGUUCAAUCUUAGCAAUGUUAUAAAAUAAUAAGUCUGUAUAGAUAUAAGAUACAUAAGUAUAAGGCCAGAAAUUAUCUGUCACCUUUUUCUAAAUAAAUUAUUCUCAUGUUUUAAAUUUUCUACGUAAAAUAUCGUAAAUGAAGAAAAAAAUGUUGAAUCAAUCUUAAACCAAUGUAAACAUUUAUUUUUAUAUCUAUAAAAAAUUAUACUUUACAUCAAAAAA